AUGAGGGUAGUUUGCGGACUAGCAAUUGCUGUUGAAGAGGUCGAGCUGGAUGAAAUUGAAGACGACGACAUUGAGGAGGACGUUGAGGAGGACGUUGAAGAUGAAGUUGAGGUCGAAAUUGAAGAUGAAGUUGACUCCGAAGUGCUUGAUCUUGACGAUGUAGAUGGUGUUGGCGCAGGCAAGGGCAGAGGCAGUGAAGUUGACGAGGAAGUAGAACUGGUUGACAGGGACGUCGUCCGUGGAGCUGCAUCAGCGGGGGAUGAUGUAGUUGAAGUCGAUGCGCUUGUUGAAGUUUUGCUGCUGCUCGUUGUCAAUGACGAUGUCGACGUUGAUGUUGUCAGCCUGCUUGUCGUUGAAGUUGUCGAGGACAGGGUUGACGUGGAUGUCGUGCUUGUACUCGUGCUUGUGCUUGAAGACAACGUAGAUGUUCUCGACCUCGUGCUGGAACUACUACUUGAUCCUCCAAUAGUUGCACUGGGGUCUUGA